UCUCAUAAUCUGAUAAUGGAGGGUUCCUUAGGAUUCCUUUUCCUCACUUUUCUAAUUAUUCCUCUUCCUCAUUACUUCAUUUUCUGCACCGGACACAUUGACUUUGAGGUUCAUUGCAUCGAUAGUGAGCGACAUGCCCUUCUCAAGUUCAAGCAAGACCUUAUUGAUCCUUCAAACCGGCUCUCCUCUUGGACUAUUGAUGGGGAUUGCUGUCACUGGGUUGGUGUUGACUGUCACAACCUCACUGCUCACGUCCAACAACUCUGUCUCAGAACCUUUCAUCCUUCAGGUGGUUUUGAAUCUGAAGAACAAUAUGAAGCCUAUGAGCGGUCAAUGUUUGGUGGGCAUAAUCUCCAGUGCCAUUGGAAACCUAACAUCUGCCAUUAGUAUUGACUUGUCAGAAAAUGAACUUGGAGGAAAGUUGCCAAGAUCGUUGGGUAAUCUCUGUAACUUAAGGGAAAUCAAAUUGUCAUCCAACAAUGGGA